AAAAAAAAACACGGCCGUACUUUUUAAUUCGUUUAUUUUUCGACACUUAAAAGCAAGUUUUAAGAUUAAUACACGCACACACGUUAUCCUUUUUUGGGGGUGCGGUACGUAUAAAUAAGACCUACAGAUCUGCGAUAGUACCCACAGUGAUUUUAUGCGAGUACUGAUUUGAUCAGCAGCGCGUUCAAUAUGAAAUUUUUUGUGGUAGUUUCUGCCUUUUUGGCCAUUGCUAGCGCUGGAGUUGUAGCUCCAAUUGCAUUACCAACAAUCCUAGCAACUGUACCAUUGACUCAGCACUCCAGCCAGUACCAUUCCCAAGACAUCCUCGGUCAGUACUCUUACGGCUACGCCAACGACCAAUCAGCCAAAAACGAAAUCAAAUCCCUCGAUGGUCAAACUGUAGGCUCCUACUCUUACGUUGAUGCUUAUGGAAAGUUGCAACAGGUGCAAUACAGAUCAGAUGCUGUAAAUGGGUUUCGAGUAGCAGCUACAAAUCUUCCUGUAGGACCCAGUCCUGCUGAGCCGAUUAAAGAAACUCCUGAAGUUGCUGAAGCUAAAGCUAAACAUCUUGAAGCUCUUAAAAGUGCUGCUGAACCAGUUAUCCAUGCUCAUCCAGCUGUUGGACUUAUCCGUGCAGUUCCAACUGUAGCUGCUCCUUCUUUUGGUUACUCGUACGGAAUCAACUUUUUGAAUCCACAACCAUUUGUAACUGCCUACACAAUACCAACAAAUCAGCAGAUUGUUCCAGAAGCUCCCAAAGAUCUUCCAGAAGUUGUCGAAGCUAGAACCAAACAUUUGGAAACGUUUGAAAGUGUUAAAAAGAGCAUCGAAGAACAACAGCAACGUCAGACUAAGGAGUAAAUAAUUUUUUUUUUUAAAUAGUUUCUUAUGCAACAAGUGUGAGAUGUUUUACAUAGGUACAUGUUUC